AUCAAACGAUUUUAAUCUGGAAAUAUGAUCAAAAUAAGAAUUCUGUUCAAUCAUUGAUUACUUGCAAAGGUCAUCAAGGAACAAUUGAAGCAUUAGCUCUGCAAAAAACAUGUUUUGCGUCGGGUUCAUUUGAUAAAACCAUCAAAUUAUGGGGUUUAGAAGAACAAGAAGAUAAAUCAGCAACAAAAGAGUGUCGUGUAACAAUCAAUGCUCAUAGUGAGAAUGUUUCAUCGAUUGGGUGGAGUUCGUCAAAUGAACUUGUUUCAUGUUCAUGGGAUCAAUCAAUUAAAUUAUGGAAUAUGGAUACAUUACAAUCAACACAAACCUUCAAAUGUGGUAAAGCUGCUCUUUCUCUUGAUAUUUCACCAGUCAAUGGUUUAUUAAUUUGUGGUUUUACUGAUCGUUUCAUUCGUCUUUAUGAUACACGUGUUCAAGAGGGAUAUGUUCUUCGAUCAACAUUUUCAUCUCAUAGUCAAUGGGUUCCAAAUGUGAUGUGGUCAAGAACAGCCGAACAUCUAUUUGUAUCUGGUUCAUAUGAUUCAUUAGUGAAAUUAUGGGAUACUCGUUCAUUAAAAGCACCACUUUAUGAUUUACAAGGACAUGAAGAUCGCGUUUUGUGCGUUGAUUGGUCAAUUAAUUCAUUGAUUCUAUCUGGUGGUGCAGAUAAUUCAUUGAAAAUGUUUUCAUUCAAAUAA